AUGUCAUCACAUACCUCAGCUUCGGAACUUGUUCCUCGAGCUGAUAUCCUGCUGGAUAUUUCAAAAGCUACAACCUCGCCCGGUCCCCGGCUCCUUGCUGAGGCGUCCCCUCUCCCAUUGACAACGACUUUCACACCAGCAAGUGAAUGCCUCAAUGAUUUUUGGUUGUUCCAGUCUUUUGUUGGGAUCAUAGACUCGUCGAGCUACUCAACCCGCUGGGCAAAUCUUGGUCCCGAGGAUACUAAAAAAUGCCUACCAUCGGGCUGGGUGCCAUCGACAUUCUAUUCACCUGGGCUUGUCUGUCCGAGUGGGUGGGCAAUGGCCCCUGGGAGUACGAUAAAACAAGAUGAGACCACUGCGACCUGUUGCCCAAUUCACCAACCAAGUAGCUUGACAUUUACACAACGAUCCCCGACGAGUGGUGAAACGAGACCGUGGCACAGUAGCGAGGUCUGCGCUUUCGGUGCUCCCACCAACAUACCCCACACGUAUACGGCCACACCAACACCUGGUAUUACAACCUCAGCAAGGGCUACUGCGACAGCAAAGAAGGAUGGUUGGAAUGCAUAUGGAAUUGAGCUUCGUUGGAAAGUUACUGACCUAGUCUCCAUUACGUCCAUGUCUGUUCCAGCCGCAUCAUCUGCCACACCAUCCGCUACAUCAUCCGCUACGGCACUACCAACAGCCCAACAGCAACCAGAAGAAUCCUCGGGACUAUCCACCGGUGCUAAAGUAGGAAUAGGCAUUGGAGCUGUAGCUGGUGGCAUACUGGUCAUUCUUGCAGUCGGAUAUCUGUUUAUGCGUGGUCGAAGGUCCCCGAGCCAAGAUAUGAGUGAACCUAUUGCAAAUUCUCGGCACGAACUCGAGGGGCCCCGGAAUCAAAGAUACGAGUUGAGUUCCGGUCCUUUCCUGGGAUCCAAUGGUCCUCAGGCCUCAUCGAAGCCACCCUCAGCACCAGCUGAGUUGGAGGGACGCAUUGAAAGAUGA